AUGGCCCCAACUCUGGGUUCGACCAAGGAUGAAAAGAAGAAUGCAGCAAAGGAUCCCGCACCUCAGAUUAAAGAGCUUUCUUUUACCAACAAUGGGCGGGCUUUCAAGCAUCCACAGGGCUUUGAUGAUGGCCCUAUCUUCAUCAAUGCUAGAGGUGCCAACAGUAAGAUGUACAAAAGGUUCUUGGCCGUUGAACCUCCCGAUAACUAUGCCCGAUCCCGCGUGACGAUUGCCUUGAACGAGAAGGAAAAGCAGGAGCAAGUACCUGAGGGCAUGUCUAAAUACUUGCUUGUUGGGUGGAUACCGCAGAACCCUGACGUCAAAAACACAAAGGUUAAGACAGGGUACGGCGCAAUCAUCGGUAACACCAGACCGGAGAAAGAGGAGGAUAUCAUUGUAUUCGACCCUGCUGAUACAGAGCAUCUACCUUUGAUGGCAGUGGUAGAGACAUCCGACGAAGAGUUGAAUUCUGUGGCAACGUAUGUGUUGCUCCAUCAACACAACGACCUUUGCACACCUUAUUCAGCAGGGGCUGACGAUGUGUACUACAUGGCUAUGUUCCGGGAUAACUCUACUUCAAAACAUAAUCGCAAAGCCAGUUGGAACCAGAAUGUUGUCAAAUACGCCACCACUCCGAGCACAUCAACCUCAACGACAAAACUGAUUACGCAUCGGCGUGGACGAGACCAGUCGGCGCUCGUUCUGCCUCCGAACAUGUCGUUGAGGAACGAGAUGGACUCCUUAGUUGCUAACUACCGCUUGUCACAAGACACUUGGUUUCUGGAGGAGUUGGAGCGUAUUCUUGGGGAGAUUGACAACGACGUUUCCAUGGCGCCGCCGACCAACACAGCACUUCAUAAGUUUGCCAACCUCGGAUACGCAGAGUCCGAGCAGUAUACACCUGAAGAUGCUCAGAAACUAGUCGACGAGGUCUGUAUCGCAUGGCCAGACCUUGUUGUUGAGACCUUGCAUGUCUAUUUGCUUGGGCAGGCUGUAAAGCUGUUGCCGCUUCCCAUUCCGUACAAGGAUCUCCAGGCCUACAUCCGUGAGGGCCUCUACAGAAUCAAGAAAGCAAUCUCCAAGGGUCAAAUUCAACCUAAAGUACUCGAGACCGCUCCAGAUGACAGUGCGCAAGUGGCUCAUCUCACCAAAAUUGCGGAGAAGACGCACCUCACGGUCGAACGAGUAUUGGGUUUCGCCAACUUCAAAGUUCCAGAACCUAUAUCUUCUGAUGGAGCAAUCCAGUUGCUUAAAGCUACUAAGAAAAAGCUGGUCGAUCUCGUGGAGGGCGACGAUGCUUUCGUCAAGAUGGUGGCAAAAUCUACAGGUGAUCAGGCUCUCGCGGUGAACUACCAGGACGUUUGGGCCCAUUUCUGCGAGCAAUCCGACACUGAUGCGGCGCGUGCGGCUUUCACCGACAUAGUCAAAAUCACCGUUGUCGCUUUGCAUCACAAAGAGUCUCAUUUGGCGCGCAAACUGAGGCAGAUGAUCAAGGAGUUGAACAAGGUGGGCUGUUGA